AUGUCUCGUUGGAUCAAUUCAACGAAUGCGAAAGAUAUUGGGACGCUGUAUCUUAUUUUUGCUGUGUUUGCAGGAAUGAUUGGAACAGCUUUCUCAAUGCUAAUUCGAAUGGAACUAACGGCACCUGGAGUACAAUAUCUAAACGGAGAUAAUCAAGUAUACAAUGUAAUUAUUACAGCCCAUGCCCUAAUUAUGAUUUUCUUCAUGGUUAUGCCCGCAAUGGUAGGGGGAUUUGGUAAUUACCUUGUACCUGUAAUGGUUGGAGCCCCUGAUAUGGCAUUCCCUCGACUAAACAAUAUUAGCUUCUGGCUACUACCUCCUUCACUUAUUCUACUACUAGCAAGUGCUUUUGUAGAACAAGGAGCGGGGACAGGAUGGACAGUAUAUCCACCACUUUCAUCUCUACAAAGCCAUUCAGGAGGAUCAGUUGAUCUUGCUAUUUUCAGCCUUCAUCUUGCAGGUAUUUCAUCAAUGCUAGGUGCUAUGAACUUUAUUACAACUGUACUAAACAUGCGAAACCCCGGAAUGACACUACAUAAACUACCACUAUUUGUAUGGGCAAUUUUUGUUACUGCUAUUCUUCUUCUACUUUCACUACCUGUACUAGCUGGGGCAAUUACUAUGCUGCUAACAGAUCGAAACUUUAAUACUUCAUUCUAUGACCCUGCAGGAGGAGGUGAUCCUGUACUAUAUCAACACCUAUUUUGGUUCUUCGGUCAUCCUGAAGUGUAUAUUCUAAUUAUUCCUGGAUUUGGGAUGAUUAGUCAUAUUAUUUCUGCCUUCUCAGGUAAACCAGUAUUUGGAUACCUAGGAAUGGUUUAUGCUAUGUUUAGUAUUGGUAUCCUUGGAUUCCUUGUAUGGUCACACCAUAUGUAUGCUGUAGGUAUGGAUGUAGAUACUCGAGCUUACUUUACUGCGGCAACAAUGAUUAUUGCAGUACCUAGCCAUCAUUAG